AUGCCGCAAGAAGUACGGUCAGUUAGCUCAAAAGUGUUGAGAGGGAUAGUUCCGUUCUUGAUUCAUCACCUGUGCAAACUUACCAAUACGCAAGCUGAUCGAGUCUUGGGUAAAUGGAUUCCCAAAUCAGAGAUCCAGGCGACUCGUCGUAAGUGUUUGGUAUGGUGCACCAACACACUACGCGCUAUUGAGGCCUCCGAUCAGUCGACCAAGGUGGAGGAAGCGCUGGAGUUUUUGGACGAUGUGAUCGAAGACACCACCGAUGUCUACCAAGGUCAACUCUCGAUCAAUAUGGAUAUGGCAAAUGCCAAGGAUAUUGACGAUGGUCAAACGGUCACGGGGAUGCUGGAUGAAAUGCACGAACGUGAACAACAACUGGAGGAUGCCUUUGUGGAAAUCGAGGCUCGUGACAACGCCUUGGCGGCUAAAGACCAGGCCCUGGCUCAGCAGAAAGCCGCGACUGCGGCUCUUCAAGCCCAACUUGACGCCCUUC